GUUAAGUCCUCCUCCCAAGCACUUAUAGCUGGGAUGUUUGGCGGUUUGUGUUUCAUUGUUGUUCUCCUCAUGUGUGUCUUGGAAAGUCACACAAUGGACCUUCUGAGAGCAAGGGCAACAUCAGUGGGUCCACCCUCCACUCCCUCAGUGCGCUGUCUGUGCUCCAGCUAUCCAAAUGUGACCCUUUGCGUUUGGCCUGAACCUACUCUUUCUCCUCCAACACACUACAUCGCCACUUACAGUGAGAGACAGAGACAGGCGAACACUAAGCAUUGCCAUCUCAUCCCACCUGACGACUCUUCUCCUCUGACUGCACGGUCAUCAUCAGCCUCUGAUAAGCUCUGGCACUGCUACCUUCCCAACCUCAAACUUCUAACUGAUUACGUCAUCAACAUCACCGCAGUUCACUCCGGUGGAAGCAGGUCUCAUCUAACAAGUUUUAUGUUAGAGGAUAUAGUGAAACCGGAUCCACCUGUAGAUGUCCGGGUUUCACCUCAUAAUAACAAAAACUUGUUGGUGGAAUGGUCUCUUCCCUCUACGUGGACAAGCCCAGACAUCUUCCCCUUAAAGUACUUCAUACUGUACCAAUGGGAAAACAGGGGCAUCCCAAAGUCUGUCAAACUGGGUCCUUUUGAGAGCACCAAGAUUGAACUGAAGGGGCUGAUCCCAGGCAGGGAAUACCUGUUCCAGGUGUGUGCUAAGGAGCUGCUGGGACUGGGCCAGUGCAGUGACUGGAGUUCACCUCUAAAAUUCACAAUACCACAAAAAAACACCAAAGCACCCAUUUCUUCUUAAGCUAGCAGUGAAGUAUAUAUAUAUAUAUAUAUAUAUAUAUAUAUUCAUUUUUUUUUUUUAUUGUAAAACAAUACAAGUGAAAGUUAUGAAUGUUUUAUUUAUAAGGAAUGCAUGGAUAUUUUUUCUGCAGUGGACAAUUCCCACUACUGUCUUUUUCUUUAUAUGUUCCUGGACUGUGUCAUACUUGAGUCACUUAUCCCCCCAAAACAAAAACAAAAAACCUUUAAUAUCAUGUGAAACCCUGAAUAAAAACAAGACAUCUAAUGUAAUUCUACAACAGUCAGUCAGUCAGUCACAUCCACCACAAGUGGGGUUACAAACUCAGAGUGUCUAAUUCCCAUACUGAAGGCUGGGGGUUUAGGAAGAUGCAUAUGAAUGAUCUCCGGGCUGUAUGCGCCCGGCCCUGGAACAGCAGAGGAAUAACUGGGUCUCCUAGUCCGGCUCUGGAUGGAGAAGGAGGGUUGGCGGCUUCGGUAGACGUCUGGGUUUGUGCUGUUGUACUUUCCCGGUCCGGGAGUCAUGGCAAGAUCUUCAGAGGGCGCGCCAAACAUCCUCCGGCUCGAGAAAGUGUAACUGGCACUAGAGGGUUUGUGGGGAACCUGAGAGCCCAGCAGGAUGGGAAGACUGUAGCUGAAAGAUUUAAGACAGAAAUAUCCAAGUGAAUUCUGUGAGAAAAUCCCAGAAAGGGUCUAGUAUAUGUGUGAAACUACACUAAACUUCAACACAGUCACAGAAGUGGAGAAAAUUUGCUUGAAAGAAUCAAAUCUGAUGAGCUGAAAAUGAAGAAAGUUUUGCAACCGGCUGGGAAAAUGUUAAUGAAUGAUUCAUGAAAGCUGACAGGUUCAGUUCUUUUAAUUUAAAUAACCUGUAAUGGGAAAGAAGAGAAAAUAUAUAUUUAUUUUUUAUAUUCAGUCUAAUUUCCAGUGGAGAAGAAUAUGAAAACUGUGUGUUUGUAACAUAUAUGUUCUUCAUCUUGAAAUAGAAUAAAAUCUAC